AAAUGAUUCGUCUUGUUUACAUUCUGGGGAGGUUGUUGGUUGUGUUGGCUGUCCCAGAAUAAUGCGCUACCCAGUUUAUAAGUAAAUGUAAGAUAUUUUGCGCGAACAUGACUGCCGUUAAUUGCCAUUUUUCAGAGAUAUUUCUGCUCCUGUCCGUGUCGCUCCCCUGCGCGGUGCACGGGGAGCAGGUCGCGUUUGUGGAGGUCAUCGUGCGCGAGCAAGCGGAUGCCUCCGGCGGCGUUUUGCAGGGAGACGUGUUGAAAGGGAGUUUGCACAACGAGCUUUCACACAAUGACAACGAGCUGCAAGCAGACCUAAGACUAAUACAGAAUGAAAAUGAAGGGGUCGCAACCGCCAGCCAGGACCCCUGGAUAGGAGUGGUACACGCGGGGGCGAGCGCCGGUUCACACGCCAGCCAGGAGUCUUUCACCGCAGCUGUUGUCCGCAAGAUGAGACGAGCUCUGGUGCUGGGGGCAUCCGCGCUGAUCAUUCUUGUGCUCAACCAAAACACAGUGCGCGAGAUGGACCUGGCAGAGAUCCUCUCCAAACCAGUCGUCAUCAUUCAGACGUCAGAAAAUGUCACCAAACUCAUCGGCGCCCUCCUCAGAGGCCUUCACGUAACUGCCAAAAUCACCUACAGGACGUUUCUCCAGAAUAACGUGGGGGCCACCCUCACGCUCUGGUCCAGCUGUGGCCGCUCCAGGGGGGGCCUGUACAGCGAGUGGCAGGGAGUCGUUUGCACAGGCGAAACCAACUCACCUGUGCAGAAGUACCUGCAGCAGCUAUGGGACACCGUGGUGCUGGCCGCUCUGAUCCUUUCCACCGGGGUCAUAGUUCAGGCACGCUGGCAGUAUCAGGACAACCAGUUCAAUGAUGAGCUUGAGUUACUUCCCAAGCAAGACCUGCUGCAAAGGCUGUCUGUGCUCCGGACACGGACGUACAAGCAGCCUAAAGCAUGGAGUGACACAGACAGCUGUGCUGUGUGUCUGGAACAAUACAGCAACAACCAGUGUUUGCGGGUUUUGCCCUGUCUGCAUGAGUUCCACAGAGACUGUGUGGAUCCUUGGCUGCUUCUGCAACAGACCUGCCCCCUCUGCAAACGCAGUGUACUAGGUAGGUCUUCACACACACACACACACACUCUCUCUCUCACACUCUCACCUUGCCCUUCACAUUUGCCAGUGUGGAGAUCAGAUAUCUUGUUCCUUUCAUGUUGUUUGCCUUCACACUCAUAUCUAGUGACUUUAUUUAUCAGUAGGCAUGCUUGUGUGCUCUCUGGGAAUCACACCUGCAAGCUGACCUCUGACCUGAACUUGGCAGGCAGGUUCAUGGCCGUCUUGAAUCUGUCCUGUGUGCAGGUGACAAAGCCCUGAUCAGCUGAGUCUUGUAUCACAUAGGCAAUUAUUUACUUGCUGUCUACUUGCAAAGUGUUUAUUGAUGAAUACCUGCCCCAGUACCAUUAGUGUUUGUUAUUAACAAAUACCUGCCCCAGUACUGUUUUAAAGUCACCAUGACUACCAGGUGUCACUGCAGUCCUGACGGGUGAGACGAGAUGGGAGGAACAUCGUAGCUCAGUCUUAGAUGUAGCAGUGUUUGUUUAGAUUAGACCGAGUGUUUCCUGAUUUUGAAAUAGCAUGCCGUGUUUUUUCCUCCUCCCCAGGUAAUUUCUACUGAAGUCAUCCAGGAACCGUUUCUGGGCUUUGAUUGGUGGAAUGGUCUCAGGUGUUCUAUGCGCUCACUGUUGUACUGUAAAGUCGAGGCAUCUCCAUGGGAACAAGUCCUGACCUCUCCAGAGACUCCUCCCUAUAACUUCUGACCUCUGUGUCCCUGAAUAUUCAAAACACUUCCAGAUUCUGUUCUUAAAUAUUUUUUUAAAUGUGUGUAGCUGUAGGUUCUAGUCCAUCCAGGGGGUCAUGCAGGUGUAACACGUUGCACUGUGCUGCAAAUAUUCUGCAGAUCUCAAAUCAUUCCCACAUCCAAAGACCUGACCAGUACACACACACCUGUCUGUGCUGCACAUAAGCAACCCCCACCCCUUCUGAGUAUUUAUUCUCUCUGCAGAACUUCAUCUGUAUAUAAGAGAAUGUUUUGAUGUGCAGGACUGUAGAGAGCUCUCAUUUCAGCACUCACAUCUGAGACCUGAUCAUUGAUCAUUAAAAUGAUUAAGGACUGCAGUCUGGAAGCUACGCAUCAGUCCCAGAGGCUCCAGGCGUCUCCCAGAGAGGCUCAGCCUUGAGACUGUUGCCAUGGACAACUAGCACACACCUGCUGCAGGACGGCCAAUCAGGUGAGCAGCUGGAUGUGGCACCUGACAUCACAGAGAGUGAAAGUGGCAUUCACUCAGCUGCUGCGAAAGACAAACGGUCCUCUUCGGAUGCCGGUCCUGCU